UGAGCAGAAGAUGACUCGAAGAGCGAAUGGUGAUUGGUUAAUCUUUGGGAAAACUAUGAAGAGGGAUGUGUCUAUUGGACAUUUUUUAAUCUGAGCUCUUAGAGAUUGUUUUGGGUUAGUUUGGAUUGUAUACAAAUAGCUUUACCACAAUGGCUGAGGAGAAUGUCAAGUCGGACAAAAAGAAAAAUAGCUUGUCGUCUACUCUUCGAAAUUUGGCCGACAUGGGUUUAAAUGGCGAAAUGGCCGACCUUCAAGUGAUUGUCGAAGGCAAAUCUUUUCCGUGUCACAGGUUAAUUCUAUCAGCAGUUUCUCCGCAUUUUCGAGCAAUGUUCAAUUCAGGAAUGGUCGAGUCACAGAAUGGUCGAGUAGAAUUACCUGAUAUUACAAAGGAAGUUUUCGAGAUCAUUCGAACAUUUAUUUAUACUGGAAAUGUCGAAGUGGAAAAAAUCACUGGUGACAAUGCCUGUGACCUUCUUCAUGCAUCUGCACUUUAUGAAAUACAGCCUUUGCAAGAAGAGUGUGAACGUAUUCUUGGAAAUGAAAUCGGCAAUGAUAAUUGUUUACCUUUAUUUAAAAUGUCACGAAUGUACAAUUGUAAGGUUUUAUUUGACAAGUGUAGACCGUUUAUUAUGGAAGGAUUUAAUGGCUUAUGGAAAGCUGACGAAUUUACUACCCUUCACAUAGAGGAUCUUGAAAGCAUUGUCCGCGAUGACGAGUUAGUCCCAGUUGAUGAGGAGCAAAUUUGUGAAGCUAUCCUCAUGUGGGUAAAAAAGAACCCAGGGGAAAGAAAGAAAUUUAUUGGUCGAUUGUUUAGACAUGUUCGUUUUAUCAAUAUAAGUCCGGAGUAUUUAAUCACAGAGUUAUAUUGCGAAGACCUUUUGACGAAAGACCCUGACUGCAAAAGAUAUCUGGAUGAGGCUCGUGAUUUUCAUUUGCUUCCGGCAAGACAGCACGAGUAUUCAACCGGACGAUUCCACCUUCGAGACAGUGAUGAUUAUGAGGAGGUGAUUUUAGUUUUAACAGAAUUCGACAUGGAACGUUCAGGGUCAUUUUAUCAAGAUGGAAAAUGUUUGUGGGCUUUUAGCUUGCAACAGAGUCGAUGGUUCACAUUAUCACCCGUUCCGCACCCACUAAACCCGGGAUUGCAUAUCGGUAUGGUAUCGUACAGAACAGAUGUUUUCAUUACAGGCGGUAAUGAAACGAAAACCUCAAAGAACAUUAUGAGAUACGAUUCCGAAAAGAACGAGUUUACAGCAAUCCCAGAGGCAGUGUUGAAAAAGGGUCGAUUCAGCCAUAUGAUGGUUGCAGUCCGAGAAUCUUUAUUUGUCAUGGGUGGUAAACUCGAAAAGGCAAGGAAGGAUGGCACGCAUCAAGUUGUUGCGACUAUUGAAGAGCUACCAGUUCAUGGGAAAAGAUGGCGAGUAAUUGGGGAAUUGAAGACAGCAGUGCAUUCCGCAAACACGGCUAUUGUUGGUGAAAAGGUUUUUGUUUUUGGUGGAGUACUAGAAGACGGAUCUUUCCAUAAUCGUGUGCAAGUUUUUAAUGUCCGUGUGCGUGAAACUGAAAAUGCUUGUGAUAUUGAAAAAAAUAUGACUCAACCUUUUAAAGUCAUCCACUUUGGAGGACGGAUUGUUAUCUUCACGGCUAAAGGGGACAUGUACGAUUUUGAUUCAGAUGAGCUGAAAUUCAAAUUAAUGAAACAGAUUAAAUCGACGUAUCUGCCAAUAGCAGCUGUUUCACAUUAUAAAGGGUGCAUCAUACUUCUAACCGGGAGGCAAGACAAUCCAAUGUGUUAUAAUAAAAUGUACAGAAUGGACGUUAGUGUAAACCCAUAUAGAAUGGAUCUUAUCACGCCUAAAUCGAGCAUCAAGCCAAAGCCUAUUCAUUCGUGUCAGAGGGGGAGAGUGAACAAACAGUUCAUGUACCAUACUUAUUUCCAAUGAGGAUAUGUGUAUUUGUGCUGGAAACGGGGACCUUUUUAAAGACAGAUUAUUCAUUUUAGUAAAAGAUGGUGUUUAAUAUAUUGUUUUUCACAGUUAAACUGGAAUUAUUAAAGUUUGUAAAUGUAAAGUUAUUUUUUAAGUAAAGCUUUGGUUUUUUUUU